AGGCAGUAUUUUUUUAUUAGAAAUGAAAGAUGAAGUAGGUUCUCCUUUCUGAUUUUGGGUUGGUUCGCUUCCUGGCCCUGCUCAUUUGCCAGUCUCAUUCAUCGUGAUCUUCGGACAGCGCGGUCGGCGCCUUCACUCCUCCUCCACCCAUCUGCUUGUUCAGUUUGCUUUGGAGCUCCACAGUUCUACAUUAGUGAGUAUGCUGCUACGAUUUUGGCGCCUCUUAUUCUGGUCGUUAUUGCUUUGCAUUCGGUUGAUCAGCAGAUCAGUGGUAUCUCUCCCUUCCAGAGAUUUCCUUGGAAUCUCUCCUCAAGAUGAGAAGUACUACAGUGGAUUGUCAUCCGGAGCUGCCAUAAAAUGCAAAAACGGAUCUAAUAAAUUCAGUGUGGCUCAGCUCAAUGAUGAUUUCUGUGACUGUCCUGAUGGCUCCGAUGAGCCAGGAACCUCAGCAUGCCCCAGUGGCAAGUUCUAUUGCCGAAAUGCUGGACAUACACCCCUCCUUAUAUAUUCAUCAAGGGUUAACGAUGGUAUCUGUGAUUGCUGUGAUGGGAGUGAUGAGUAUGCUGGCAAAACAAAGUGCCCAAAUAUGUGCUGGGAGGCUGGCAAGGAGGCUAGAGAUAGGUUAAAGAAAAGAAUCACAAUAUAUCAGAAAGGUGCUAUUAUAAGGAAGUCGGAAGUUGAAAAGGCAAAACUGGAAAUUUUGAAGGAGGAAGCAGAAUUGGUGAAACUAACAAAAGAGGAGAAGAUACUUAAAGAAAUAGUUGAGCAAUUGAGGGAGCACAAGGAACAAGUAGAAAAGGCCGAAGAAAAAGAGCGAUUGCAAAGAGAGAAGGAAGAGAAAAAAAAGAGAGAAACUGAAGAAGCUAAGUUGGAGGAUACCGAAAUUGAGAAAAACCGUGAGGAAGCUGUAAACAUGAAAGAUGGCCUCCGGGAAGAUAUUCCCUCAGAGAAAGCUCCUUCUGUAGAGAAUGCGGUAGAAGAUUAUAGCAGUAAAGUGGAGAAAGCUGACAAUAUUGACACUUCAAUAAUGGAAGAAACCUCCUGCGAUGAAGCUGAGAAGGUGGUAGAGGACUCACACAAGCAUGCCGUGAUGGAGGAGUUGUUUGCAGAUGAUGAUGGAUCUGUUCUUAAAAGCACCAAUGAGGUGAAAGAUGAAGCUGAAGAUACUGAAUCCUUGUCAAAGGAAGACUUGGGCCGUGUAGUUGGUUCUCGUUGGACAGGAAAAAAGAAUGAGAAGGAAUCUGGAGAGGACAAGACUAAUAAAGAUUAUCAUGGUGACCAUGAUGAAGAAUACAAAACAUUUGACUCAGAUGAUGAUGAUGAUACUGAAGACCAAAUGGAUGAAAUUGGCGAGGAAGAUCACAGCGAUUCAAAUUCACCCCCUUUAUUAUCUGAUGAUGAAGCUGAAGAUCAAGGGGAUGAUUUUGUAGGGGAAGAUCAUGAUUCAAGUUCUCCAUCUUCAUCAUCAUCAGACGACGACGACUUGGAUUUAUCAGAUACAGCUAGCACAAGCAAUCCACAUUGGCUGGAGAAGAUAAAAAGAAAUGCUCAGAGAAUUCUUCAGACUUUCAAUUUGUUUCAAACUCCAGUAGACAUAACUGAGGCUGCACGCAUACACAAAGAAUAUGAUGAUUCAAGUGCUAAGUUGUCAAAGCUUCAGUCGAGGAUAUCUAAAUUGACAAAGAAAUUGAAACAUGAUUUCGGGCCACAGAAGGAGUUCUAUUCAUUCCAUGGUCAAUGUUUUGAAAUCAAGAAAAACAAGUACACAUAUAAUAUUUGCCCUUUCAAAAAGGCUACACAAGUUGAGGGCCAUAGCACAAGUCAUCUAGGGAAUUGGGAUAAAUUUGAGGACUCAUACAGAACUAUGAUAUUUACAAAUGGAGAUCAUUGCUGGAAUGGACCAGAUAGGAGUAUAAAGGUCAAACUUAGAUGUGGUUUGAAACAUGAGGUAACUGAGGUAGAUGAGCCCAGCCGGUGCGAAUAUCUUGCAUUUUUAUCUACACCAGCUGUCUGUGUAGAAGAAAAGCUGAAGGUAAUUAUUUUGGCCUAAAGUAAAAGAUGGCCUGUUAUUUACCUCUUCUUUAUUUUGAGUGUUUUUCAUAUUGGUUUAUACAAUGAUCUGUCUAGCAAAUGUGAAACAUAUAUGCACUGACUCCUAAUAUUGUGUUAAAAUGAUGCCAAUGUGGUAGGAACUCGAAGUUAAACUGAAGAUGCUGAACAGUGAGCUACCACAAGGUCAUGAUGAGCUGUGAAAGAUAUGUUUGUUAUUUUUGUCUUCCCAUUUUUUAUGACUCUGAAAAGCUAAAAGCUACAAGGUCUGACUAACGCUUGAGGUGAGGAAAAAUAUAAACCAAGAAAAUAGAGAUUUGGUUUAGAUUUCUGUUCCUGACUCAUAAGGGUUGUAACUAUCUAGAGGAGGAAAGGAAAAAUAGCCUAAAGACAGAAGGUUAGAGAAUAUCAGGUUUAUGAAUAUCAAGAACGUAGCAAAAACUACACAUAAUCACAUAUGAGCAAUAAGCCAAUAAGUAAAAAUAUGCUCGGUUGAUACCCAAAUCUUUUACAUUAUUAUAUCCGGUUGUACUAUUAUGAAACAUUGACACCCGGUUUAUGAACCUAUAUAUAUACCUUUCUGGUAUAUGAUUAUGCAUAUAUGCAACAUUCAUUGUGCUGAAUAUUUGUAUGUUUAAUGACUCGUGAAAAGAAUUCUUUUAAUUGCUCUGCAAUUACUUUAGUCAAAUUACUCAA